CAGCAGUGUUGCUGGGGAAACCAUAAACAACACGCACUUCAUUUUGAAGACUGUUUUAACAAUCUGCAAAGAAAGAACCAAGAAGACUUCAUAUGUACAUCAGCAAACUGUGUGUCAGUAAGAUAAGAUAAGAUUAGAUAAGAUUAGAUAGGAUCAGAGGGAUGUCCUGUGCAGCUCUGCUGGAUGGAAAUGCUCAGCCCAGGUCUAUGAGCCGAGCGAGGCAGUGGACUGAUGAAGUGGAGAAUCUCUACAGAUUUCAGCAGGCGGGAUACAGGGAUGAGCGGGAGUACAGGCAAAUUAAACAAGCCAAGAUUGACCGCUGGCCAGAGACAGGGUUUGUGAAGAAGCUGCAACGACGAGACAACACGUUUUAUUACUACAGCAGGAAUCGAGAAUGUGACGACAGAGAUGUACACAAAGUCAAGGUCUACGUGUACUGACAUCACCGACCCGCUCUUGCACUUCAUCUAUGUCUCUUACUGUUUGUUUGUUUGUUAUGUUUCUCUUACUGUAUUAAUGUCUUAGUCUCUUACUGUUUGUGCUUUUUAAUGAAGACGGUGUUGCUGAUAGAUCAUCAUAAUAUUGUGCAGCUUGAUAAUGGAAAAGUUGAUUUUAAACAUAACAAUGCAGGACAACUGCUAUUAUUAUUAUUAUUAUUAUUAUUAUUAUUAUUAUAGCUGUUAUUAUUAGGGCAUCUUUUGCAUUUGCUAAAUACUGUCUUUAGGACAAGGUAAUGAUUAACUGCUGUGUGUGAACAUUUGAUUAUUAAAGCAAAGUAUGUUUAGGGUUCAUGAUCAUCUUUACCAGAAAAACAAUCAGAAGAUAUUGUCAUAUGAUUUUUAUCCCAAAACCAACAAACACAAUAAAUGUAAGAUGUGGUCUGCAGUUA